UUUCAGAGUUUCAGAGCAAAACAAAUGGCAAUAUUCUACGACGACCCUCUUGAGAGACUAAAUCAGCCGAUAAAAACUAAAUCUUAUAGAAAGAAACAAGUGGUACAACGAGUACAUGUAUUUAUUUUUGAUAAUUGGAAGCUUAUUCUACUUGGAAUAUUGAACCUAAUUUUUCUGAUUAUCGCGAUUGUUUUUGCUAUUUUAUUCUUUGUUGGAUCAGCGGAUUGUGCACAGCUGCCCGAUUACACAACAAGCCCAGCUUCUCAACUCACAACUUCUGCAAUAUCAAGUAGAACUUCAGAAGUUCAAACGAAUGCGAUAACAACUACUCAAGGAACACCUAGCAACAAAACUUCCACUACAACACCAUCAACUAGUAAGGUUAUUUGUGCGAGUGGCUUUACGUUAGUUGGAACCAAAUGCGGGAAAUUAGUUAGUUCCAAUCAACCUAGAACCGAAGCAGACAGCAUCUGUAAGGGUUACGGUGGCUCAACACUAUUCUCUGUUCGGAAUGAACAGGAAACUCGAGAUAUGCUUGAUUUUGUGAAAGAUUCAAAUAUUGACUUCCUGUGGACAGGCCUGGUGUGCAACCAAACGGCGCGCACCUCGUGUAUUUGGGAUGUGAAGAGUGGCACCACAGCUGACUAUAAUAACUUUGCGGAUGGAUUUCCAAAUGUUGUCUAUGGAUAUUGCAUUUAUUUCAUUGUGACUGGAAAUUCCGCCGGACAGUGGGGGAGUGAGCAGUGUAGUCAGUUGAUGAAUUUUGUCUGUGAACUUCCGACUACGAUCCGUGAUCCCGAUUGUAAAUAUAACUAUAACAAGAAUUGCUACAUCCGAUUCGAUAUCACCCUCACAAUUCCUCAAGCUCAACGGUUUUGUAACGAGAAAGGCGCCGAUUUAGUAUCAAUUCAUUCGGCGAACGAAAAUCGAUUUAUUUUAACAAUUUACGAUAUUCACGGGCAGAUUCUACUGGGCGGAUUGGCUCCUGCAGUGGAUUUUAUUGUUUGGCUCGAUGGGUCACCAACUACUUAUAGUAAUUUACUGUAUUUUUAUGAUACACGGAGCUGUGUACUCAUGACAGUUGCACGUGGAGGUCCUUAUGAUGGCGAUUGGUAUACAAUGAACUGUAAUGUUCAGGAGUUCUUUUUAUGCAAACGGGCUAUUGAUUUUUGAAGUCGAUUUUAAUUUUAUUACGUGAUAACUUAUUCAAUUUUAUUCGAAAGUUUAUGAUACUACGUGUUCAAAAAAAUAAA